AUGUCAACUAAAAUCAAGUUUAUUGGGAAUUACGAUGUAUCAGCUGAAGGUAAAUUUCUCUGGGAAAUACUCUGUCAGUUGCGUUCACUUGGAGUUGGUCGAAUUGUUACGAAAAAUGAAUGGAUGAGGAAAUGGCCUAAACAACCAUCUUAUCUUCGCAUCGUUAAAGCUGUCCCAGCUAUGGAUAGAUGGCUUCAGAUGGGAAGUGUUUGGGCAGAUUGGACAUAUCGUGGAUUAAAAUUGGGUCUUUACGAAUUCAAUUCAGAUCUCAAUCGCUCAGACUGGCGUUUAAUUCACAAACAUGAAGAAGAAGAAUUUACCCAGUGCAGCGAUCCUUUUAAAGGAUUUGAACAAUUUUUGGCCAAAAAAUUUGCCGUUAAACAUAAUCUUGAUUUAUCAAAAGUACCAUCGCGAGCAAAAUUAGAUAUUUCAGUUGACUGUGAAUUCGCUAUGCUGCGCGAUUAUAUAAUUCAAGUGGAACCUUCUCAAAAGUCUAAUUCCAUAUAUGAUGAAGUGGAUCCCAAAGUGUGGUUAGACUUAUAUGGAAACGAGCUGCCAACGAAAGUUGAAGCGUGGUCUGCUGGACCCGCUGAAACUAUCGAAGAUAAAUGGAAACACGCAAAGAAAGUGAAUGCUUUGAAAUAUAAUUGA